AUGCUUUCACCACUAAGUAAAUUACCACCGAAUGCGAAGGUUGGUGUUGUAGGUGGGGGUGUAUCAGGUCUCAUGUUUACUUAUUUUCUUUCCAAAUUAAGGUCGGAUAUUAAAAUUACACUGUUUGAAGGAGAGAAACGUACAGGUGGAUGGAUCAAUUCAUGGAACACUGCUGAUCAAAAUGGGGCGUCGGUCAUGCUCGAGAGAGGACCUAGAACAUUACGAGGUGUCUCUGAUGGGACUGUUGUAAUUAUGGAUACAAUGAACGAUCUUGGGAAAUCAGAUAGUAUUAGAUGUGUUGAGAAGUACGCUACAGCUAAUAGGAAGUUCCUGCUGGGACCUAAUGAUAAAUUGGUUCAAGUACCGAAUUCGUUUGGUAGCUUUUUAAAAUUUGCAACCAGUCCCCUAAGUAAAGGUUUAUUUACUGGGAUAGCAGGUGAGAUGUUUAGGAAAAGUAGUUCUACACCUGGCAAGGAUGAAAGUGUCAGAACCAUGCUGAAUAGGAGGUAUGGUAACGAUUUCAUCGCUUCCAAUUUGAUGAGUGCUAUAUACCAUGGGAUUUAUGCUGAUGAUAUUUCUACGUUGAGUGCUCAAAAGACAUCCGGAAAAGUAUUCUAUACUGAAUUAAAACAUGGUUCUGUCCUAAGAGGAUCCAUUAAAGAAUAUAUCAGAAAUCGAUUUGGGAAAAAACAACCAGAAACGCUCAGUGGUUGCCUAAAAUUAUAUCAAAGAGCAUUUAAUAAAGAUACAGGAGCCUUAUUAAAAUUAUCUAACCAUUUGAAAAAAUAUCCCAUGCUAGGUUUUGUGGGAGGUUUAGAGACAUUUCCAAAAACAAUCAGGAAAGAACUUGACAAUAUAAGAAAUGUUGAAAUUGUUACCGGGAGCGCAGUUACUAAAAUGUAUAAGGAUUCCAAAAACUCAACCAUGUCUGUAAAAUUAUCAACAAACGAACGAAUAGAUGGAUUUGAUCACCUAAGAAUUACCGUGACGCCACAAAUUUUAUCUACUUUAAUAACUUCUACCUAUGGAGACCUCAUUAAAGAUUUAAAAAAAGUGAAAUCCAAUACAGUGAUUUUAAUAAAUUAUUAUUUACCUAACAAAGAAAUAAUCCGCCCUGAAAUCCAAAGUUUUGGAUAUUUAAUUCCGCAAUCCAAUACAAACCCUGCUAACAUCUUAGGUGUCAUUUUUGACUCGGUUAUUGAAAAGAACUUCAAAAGCUUUAAUAUUGAUGAUGCUAACCCAUCGCGUUUGGAAGUUAGUUCAUCGGGCCAAAGUUCAGAGUUACAAUAUACUAAGUUGACUAUUAUGGUUGGUGGCCAUUUACUCAAUGAAAAUGGCAAGACUAAGAUUCCAGCUGAAGCUACUUGUUUGGCUGAUGUUAAAAGCGCAUUAGAAACACAUCUAAAUGUUUCGAGGGAAGAUCUAGACAAUGGUCUAUGGGUAUACACAGUUGCAAAAGAGUGUUUCCCACAUUAUUUUAUUGGAUACAAAGACUGGCAAAAUAAACUAGAAAAGACUUUACUAACUACAUAUGAUAAUAAGAUUUCGUUAGGUGGGAUGGGAUUUGCAAAAGGGCCAGGUGUACCUGAUGUUAUUGUUGAUGGAUUACAAGAUGCAUUGAAGUUGAAAUAA